AUGUGCGACCACCUCCAGUUCGCGCGCAACACCAAGUGUCGCCGGUGCGGCGCGGCGAAGCCCACGCCCGAGGCGGCGCGCGAGUACAAGGCUCGCAAGCGCGCCGAGGCCCAGGCCGCCGAAGCAGCCCGGCAGGCGCGUGAGGCCCAGAUCCAGGCCGAGAUCAAGCGAAAGGCCGAAGAGAUGGCGGCGCACGAGCGGAGGCUGACGGCCGCCCGGCUGCCGCCGGAGCUGGUGGAGGCCAUCGGGCGGUGGGCCACGGCGCGCCAGGCCUGCUGGGCGUCAAGCCGGCUGGCCUGGUUCAAGUCGCAGGCGCGAGCCAACCCCGCCGACGACGGCUCCACCGCAAGGGUGCGGGUGACGACCUACGACGCCGACCCCUACGGCGACAAGCCGUGGCCGGAGGACAUGCGGGGCUACACGCUCACUUACCACCACUCGCGGCGCAAGCCGGACCAGGCCGCCGACGACCCAUUCACCAUCGGCUGGUGGGAGACGCACGGGUAUACUCAUACGAACGGGUUCAAGGAGUACUGGACGGAGGCGAAGUUCCUGGCGAGGGCGAGCUACGACGCAGAGUGGAAGCGGUGGCUGAGCAGCAGCGACAUCUCCGCCUUCAGAAACCUCAAGGACUAG